CGGUGCAUACCGUCCCUGAAUGAAGGACGCGUGGGCGCCCCUUCCAUCCGACGUCUAUGGACGGACUCGGCUGCCAGCCUACCGCAACUCGGAGGGUGCUGCAGUGCUCGGCUCCUGCGCCGUGCGAGGACGCGGCUCGACUCCAGGCGAGCAAGGGUUGCAACGUGGCUCUGCCCCCAGUGCAAACCCAAAGCACCAAAUCCCCGCCGCCUCCUCCAUUAUCUGUCACCAUCGCUUCCCUUAUCUGCCCCCGCCGCCGCCGUCCGCCGCGUCCCCCUCCACCUUCCUCGGUUCCGGGGAGGUCCUGCACAAGCUCUCCCCGUGCUCUCUGGUUCCUGCGGUUAGUGGAGGGAUCCCGCAUUCUUCGGUUCAUGCAGUCCGUCGGUCCGUGGAGCCAGCGGCGCCAGGGAGCCAGGACCGUGGUGUUGCAGGUCAUGCUGCAAAAGGUCAUGGCGCAGGUUGCGUUGAAACAGAACAUCAAUUGAUGAACCUGAUACACCAUGCGGAGGUAGAAGUGGCCGUUGAUGUGAAGAACAAGGGGUGCGUCAGGGAUGCUGCCUAGGCGGGAGGCCAACAGAUGGGAGGGACGGCUCCGGACAAGGCGGUUCCAUAGGAGUUUUUAUUUUAUGAUUUAUCUUGUUACUGUGAUAAUUUCGGAGAACUUGGGUUCGGAAUGGUGGCUUAUCCAAAUGCUUCAGGACAGUGAGUCACAACUCACAAAUUAUGAUUGAGUUUGACAUUUUUGGUUAGGGUAUUUUGAGUACAUGCUUAUUGUUGUUCUUGUGUCAAGUAUGGCCGCACAGGUGCUACAAUCAAGUUAGAAGACGAUGGUUUUUUUUAA